AUGUCGCAGCCAGGAAAUAAAACUGCCAGACAGAGUUUGCUCAAGGUCAAUCAUUACUCAAUACCAUCGGUGCUACCGGAUCCGUCCGUUCCGCUGCGCGGUCGGCCACCGAAGCGAUCUAAACCGGUGGAAUAUGUCCAACCGGCAGCAGAAAACCGGCAACCAUAUUCGUCUACUUUUAUCAUGAAACUGUUCGACCGAAGCGUCGAUCUGGCCCGUUUUGCACCGGAAUGUUCACUCUAUCCGGUGUGUCGAGCUUGGAUGCGGAAUCAACCCAGAUCGCGGAUGAACUGGGAACAAACUUGUGUUGAACCAGCGCCUCAACGGGAGUCAACGCCGGACAUCGUAGACCGAUACCGGGAGGGCAAAAUAAAUGAAAUUGAAACAAUGCCCAAAUCGACCGAACGAUGUGAGCUGAAACCAUUUGUUUUCGAAAAGGAAUUCCCCGAUGGGAAAACUCCAUUUCAGUUGCAGGAUGACCCCGUACCAUCGAUCGGCCGGGACGAGCUGCUGGGGCAGCACAAGAAACGAUGGACCGCAAUUCGCCACAGAUGGCAGAGCCAUCGCCGCGAGUAUCUGAGGAAGCACCAGCUAAGCUACAAUUUGCUCGAUGCAAUCGUUAUGAAACGAGCUCAAAAUUAA